CAGGGCCUUAGCCUCAGUUAAUUUUUUCAACUUUUUCGAUUCAUUGUAAACGGAUAGUGUGUGUAUCGGCAAUAGCUGUUGUUGCUGUUAUUCGAUCAAAUAACUAAAAAGGAUAUACAAAAGUUGCUGUAACAGGCAUAGACAUUUGCGAAUUUGUGCGUACGAUCGGCAAGAAAGUUGUAACAUAUCCUUUGGAUAUGUUAAUGUUAAAGAUACUCUUUGUGGCAGUAUUUCUGGCCCUAUGUGAAUGCGGUGUUGUGGGACCAUACCCAGGACCAUUGCAUUAUGGACCAUUACACUACGGACCCUAUCCAGGACCAGGUCCACAUGUGGCACCAGCUCCCAAACCUGCCGCACCCGAGCCCUAUGAUCCAGCACCAAAAUACAGUUUCGGUUAUGACAUCCAAGAUGGUUAUACGGGGGAUUUGAAGAGUCAACAUGAAACUCGUCACGGUGAUGUGGUUAAGGGCAGUUAUUCUGUUGUAGAUCCCGAUGGCACAAAACGUACUGUCGAUUAUACCGCCGAUCCACAUAAUGGUUUUAAUGCUGUGGUACGUAAGGAGCCUCUGGCAUAUAAGGCUCAUGCACCAGUACCAGUUCCGGUGCCCGUAGAACCCGUGGCUCAUGUUGCACCAGUACCACCGGCACCACCAUUACCUCCAGUACCGAAAUUGGCGCCUGCCCCUGCCCCCGCUCCAGCACCUUUGCCAGCUCUAUAUCAUGGUUAUGCUCCAUAUCCGGCUGAGGGACCCCACUAUGGGCCACAUUAUGGUGGUCCCCAUUACGGGCCCUAUCAUAAGUAAAGAAGAGGAUAACAUGUGAUUGUGAAAAACAAUUUCGAAGCGAUUUUUUUAUUGACCUAUUCUUUAUAGACAGCAUACGGCGACUUUCCUUUUUUUUAUUCUCAAUUACCUUUGCAGUAUCCUUUUUAUAAUGAAUCUGUUCUGUGAUUUAUACUGUGUCUCUUGCGUAUUUAUUUAACUUUUAUUUUCAAUCUAUUGCUCCCAAACUUUAGCACCCUUUCACAUUGUUCUCCAUUUUUAUUAUUUUCUAAUUUUCCUCCAUUUUCUUGCUAUUUAUGUUUCUCUCAUAAUAAUUACUUAAAUAUACUGAAAAUAUAUGGCUCAUUCAGUCCAGUGUUAAGUUUUAUAAUAUUUGUUCUCAUUCUAAUUCUUAAACGCAAACUUACGUUCCAACUUCUUUCCUUUAUUCUUAAUUUU